AUUCCCAAACCUUUAUUCGAAGCCAUUUCCUAUAUACAUAUAUAUUAGGGGUGUUGGAGGUGUAAAAAAUCCAAAGACCCUGUCUUCUCACAACCUCUCCAACACCAAAGAUGAAGAAUACCAUCUCUUUAGCUCUGCUCCAGCUUGCAUUUUCCUUCACUUUCCUUCCUGUAAGCCAGAAUUUAGCCCUGGAAUUGCAGGGACCUGGUGCCAACCUGAUAGAAACAACUUGCAAAGGAACACCCUUUUACAAUCUCUGCGUUUCAACCCUUCGAUCAGACCCUCGAAGUUCCAGUGCAGACCUGUUGGGGCUAGCCCAUAUAGUAGCAGAUAAACUGAAGGCCAAAACCACUGCAACACUGGGGCAGAUUACAGGGUUGCUUAAAGGGGCCAAAGAUCCAAAGUUGCGAAUGGCCUUGCGUGACUGUUUUGAUUAUUACAACGCUAUUAUUAAGUAUGAUAUUCCAGUGACUAUUGAUGCUGUUGCCAAAGGUAAUCCAAAGUUUGGCGUCCAGGGUGCAACUGAUGCAGCCAAUGAAGCUGAUGCUUGUGAAAGGAGAUUCAAAAACCAACCCAAGUUUCCAAUUUCUAGUAGUAACAAGGUUGUGCAUGAUCUUUCUGCUGUGGUUGCAUCCAUUGUCCAAUUAUUACUCUGAGGCUGAUCUUGUCAUUUUUCUAAAAUGUAGACUUGUGUUUAAUAUUAAACGAUCUCCAAUAAAAAAAAGCACGUAUAAAAGUGGUAGAAAUCUUUGAAAAGGAAUAAAAUAGUUAACGAUUAGUACUGGAAUUUA